AUGAAGAGUAAUAGAUACAAGCAGGUUCUUACGAUCACAUUACUUUUCAAUUUCACCACCAUUUUAAACCUCUCACUGGUCGUCGCCAAAGAAACCGAAACAUAUAUUGUCCAACUAAGCUGUCCCCCUGACCACAUAAACGCUGAAACCGAACAUCUUGAAAGCUGGUACAAAACAUUUUUGCCCACAGUUAAUACAGACUCAGAUGAGAAACCAGAGAUGGUGUACGCAUACCGUAAUGUGCUCAAAGGGUUUGCAGCAAAACUGACUGUUGAGCAAGCGAGCGAAAUAGAAAAAUUAGAUGGAGCGAUAUUAGCCCAACCUGAAAGGGUAUUGUCGUUACAUACAACGCAUACUCCUAACUUUCUGGGAUUGAACCAGAAUUUUGGUUUCUGGAGAGGUUCAAACUAUGGGAAGGGAAUCAUUAUUGGUGUUCUUGACACCGGGAUUACUCCUGGUCAUCCUUCUUUUGACGACAAAGGCAUAGGUCCUCCACCAGCUAAAUGGAAAGGGAAGUGUGAAGUGGCGGGGUGUAACAACAAACUGAUUGGUGUUAGGAACUUUGUUAACAGUAGCACCGGUUCACCACUUGAUGAAGAUGGACAUGGAAUGCACACCUCAAGUACUGCCGCUGGAAACUUUGUUGAAGGCGCUAACGCAAUUGGAAAUGACAGCGGCACUGCUGCGGGGAUGGCUCCACUUGCACACUUAGCAAUGUAUAAAGUAUGCAAUGAGAAUGGUUGUCGUUCGAGUGAUGUAUUAGCUGGCAUGGAUGCAGCCAUAGAAGAUGGUGUGGACGUGCUUUCCCUCUCGAUUGGAGGACCAUCCCGUCCUUUUUAUUCCAACUUGUUGGCUAUAGGGGCAUUAGCCGCGAUACAAAAAGGGAUAUUUGUGAGUUGUUCGGCAGGAAAUUCUGGGCCACUAAACUCUUCAUUGUCCAAUGAGGCUCCAUGGAUUCUCACAGUUGGUGCUAGUACGAUUGAUAGAAAGGUAACUUCAACAGUAAAACUUGGGAACGGGGUGUUAGUAGACGGAGAAUCGCUCUUCCAGCCUAAAGAUUUCCCAGAAACCCCCUUGUCUCUGGAAUACCCCGGGAUGAGUGGUGAUACAAAUGCCACGUUUUGUGCCCCAAGAUCCUUAAACAAUACAAAUGUAAAAGGAAAGGUGGUGAUUUGCCUGAGAGGUGGUAACAUAGGAAGAAUCGCAAAAGGGCAGACAGUAAAAGAUGCUGGUGGAGCUGCCAUGAUUCUCACAAACUCACAAAGCGAUGGAGCUACUACAGUAGCUGAUGCCCAUGUACUCCCUGUAUCACAUCUUAAUUACAAAGAUGGACGCACAAUUCUAGAAUAUUUCAGUUCAAGUCUAUCACCAGUUGCUAGCAUCAUAUUCCGUGGAACUGUCAUUGGAGAUAAGUCAGCUCCUCAAGUGGCCUCUUUCUCUUCAAGAGGACCUAGUCUAGCAAGUCCUGGAAUUCUGAAACCCGACAUUAUUGGGCCAGGAGUUAGCAUUCUUGCAGCAUGGCCUACCUCAGUUGAUAACACUUCAACAAACGCCCCAUUUAACGUUGUUUCAGGUACAUCAAUGUCUUGCCCUCAUCUCAGUGGGAUAGCGGCAUUAUUGAAAAGUGCACACCCUGAUUGGUCUCCUGCUGGAAUCAAAUCCGCUAUCAUGACAACUGCUGAUUUGAUCAACCUUAACAACCAACCGAUUCAGGAUGAAAGAGAGCUUCCUGCCAGCUUGUUUGCUGUUGGGGCUGGUCAUGUCAAUCCAUCUAAAGCUAAUGACCCAGGACUCAUUUACGAUAUGCAAGCUGAUGAUUACAUACCAUACUUGUGUGGAUUAGGAUACUCAAAUGCACGAGUCACAACCAUUGUCCAAAAGCGAGUUUCUUGCUCAAAUAUACGAAGCAUCCCUGAAGCACAACUAAACUAUCCUUCAUUUGCAAUCACACUUAGUGGUAAUGUGACAAAAUCAUACACCAGAAGAGUGACCAAUGUCGGGGAUGCUAAUUCAACUUACACUGUGAAUAUUAACACGGCACCAGGCGUGAGUGUUACCGUGUCACCUUCUACACUCAUAUUUACGGCAGUUAACCAGAAAUUGUCAUACCAAGUGACAUUCAUCCCUGUUGGAUCUCCUCCAAAUCAGUUUGUUGAAGGGGCCCUUGUAUGGAACUCCAUAAGGCACUCGGUUAGGAGUCCCAUUUCCAUCAAAUAUGUUUAA